CGUACCCUCCGCUCACGUCCACAUUGAUAAAUGCCGAGCCUUGCGUAGAUCAUAUCUUCAUCAUAAAUGCCCACUUUACGCUCACUUUCUGUCGUACGCUCGUUUGAUAAAUGAGGGCCAACGUGUUUUUCUAUACUUGGGACUUAGAUUCCGAUCAUAUAACAUUUUAUGACAAAUAAUGCAGGAAACUAGGUAAUUUCAAAGGGUUCACAUAUUUUUUUCCUACCACUGUAUAUCCCUUAAUCAUAACUGAGGGUUUAUUAUUACUCUCCCACCGACUUGCAUUAGGUUUUACACUGAAAGAUCCGACCGGAUGUAUUGCUGAGUUCACCCGGCCCCUUCACAGAGAUAACCCCUCCCUUUCUCCCCAUUCACUCCUGUGCAGUGUUUUAUACUGAAAGGUAAAGAUGCGAAUUCACACUGCGACUUGUACAUCAGUGAGCGGAUACUUGAGCAGGCAGGCUGCCCUCAGCCUGUCUGAGCUGCUUCAUAUGAAAUGAACGUUUUCACUCCAACAGCUGAUGACUGUCUCUGUCUCUGCAGGCCUCAGCGCAGCAUGAUAACAUCUGUUCACACUCCAAUAUCACCAGUGGCUAGACAGUAAGGACCAGUCGCCACUAUGCAAUGUGUGUAAGGGACCAGUGGUGGUGUUGUGGCCCCAGGCGGGAUGCUGCUGACGGUCGGUCAGUAUGACUUUGCUGGACUUGUGGCUGUCGCGCUCCAUCCCCAUGUGCCUGCUCCUUCAGAGCCUUGUCCUCAUGGCCCUGUGCUUCCCGUCGGCCAGCAUGUGUCCAAAGGGCUGCAUCUGCCAACGCGACCCCCACCUCCAUGGCUUCAACGUUACCUGCAGUCAGUCCCGACUCAAAGAGAUCCCCCCCAGCCUCCCGGCCGACACCGUCCUGCUGAGGCUGGACCACAACCAGAUAGGCGCCGUGCCCGACCAAGCCUUCCACGGACUCAGGCUUUUGAGGGAGCUCAACCUAUCGUACAACGCGGUGGAGAACUUAGGGGAAGGGGCCUUCAGUGGCAUAGAGGCGACAUUACAGGUGCUGGACCUCUCGCACAACCGCAUCACUAGCGUACACAAGGAUGCCUUCGCUCGGCUCAAGGCCCGCGUCAUUGUGGAUGAUAACCCCUGGCACUGUGACUGCGCCCUCCAGCAGGCCAUCGGUGGAAUGGCCCACAACCACGACGCUGCCGCCAGGGUCCUUUGCAGGAGCUCAGAACUUCGUGACCAGGAGGGUCGACCUUUCUUGGCAGUAGACACGGACCUCUGUAACCUGGCCAAAAGGACCACAGACUACGCUAUGCUGGUGACCAUGUUCGGUUGGUUCGCCAUGGUCAUUUCAUAUGUAGUAUAUUAUGUCCGUCAGAACCAGGAGGACGCCCGACGCCACCUGGAGUACCUCAAGUCUCUGCCCAGCAAGCCCAAGAAACCUGACGAGGCUGACGACAUCAGCACUGUUGUCUGACAGCGGUGUCGUAGUGACAAACGUAAUGAACACCAAAAUGUUUAUUGUAACAGGACCCGCAUUUAUAGUGUUUACUAUUUCAAACUUUUAGGUGAUGUGAGCAUCAAAUCUGAUGAGGAAUCUUUGUAUUUUGGAAAUUCUGUUGUCUGUAUGUCCUUUCCAGGGUUUGUUCAUGACUGAUCUGAGAUGAGAUGAGAAGGAGGGCCACAGAGUCUAAUAGUUUAACACCAACAUUGUC